UUUUGGUACGGGAAUGCACUCCAAGCUCUUGGAAUGCACUCCAGAGGUCUCUGGAAUGAAUCUACACCUUACACGUCCUGAAAUUUGAGCCCCUUUUAGUGAACACCAUGAAAUAAUAAAAAAAUUGCAGUCGAUAUCGUGCCAGAGCUAAUCCUCGAUAAACUAAAACAAUUUAUUCCUACCUUUUUCCUCGGAAAUUUAAGCUUCGUGGGACUCACUACAAAAAUUUGACGGCAUCUCUGUGAAGUCGUCAUAUAGCUGAUUAUAAUGACCAUGCAUUUGACGCCCUCUUCAAUUCGUGAUUUAAAUAAUUCCCGUUUCACUGUAAAUCUCUAAUGGAAGUUGUUCGUAUAUCAGAUCUCUGACUACGGUACUGCACAGGUAUCGGGGCUUUAGAAGAAGAAAAUUAGUAACAAUGGCUUGAAAAUGCUGUGAAUAAAGCAUUACAUUUGCUGCAGGGUUUGUGAAUAAAUUGUUCCUGCUAGGGUUUACGAACAUUUUCAGUGCAUAUGUUCGCCUUUACAGCAGAAUAAUGCAGCUAGCUCGAUUUGAGGAGGACGGUACCUGGGAUUGUUAAAAUCUUUAAGUUCAGCACGAUAUAUUCAGAAACAAUUUAUUAUACAGUAAACAAUGGUGGAGCUUGACAGGGCUGUCGAUGCGCAAACUGAAUUGGAUGAAAUUCAUUUUACGUCAGGAGUUGAGCAGGUUUUACCCCAAGUUCAGGAUGAAUGGAUUGGGAAAGAUCUGGUUGGAGGAGCAGAAAUGGAGAUUGACGCUUCCCAGGGACAGGAAGAAAUUCACCUCAUUGAUAAUUCAAGGAAUAUUGCUUUAGAACAAAGCAGUGGAAGCAUGAUCAGUAAAAGGAGAGAAGAAGACAACGAAGCUGUUAAUGUGUAUGAUGCACAAACUGGUUCUUUAAUGCGCCCAAUUAACAAACGGAUCGCAACAACUGAUAAUGACAGCCACUCAAUGCAGCAACCACAUGCUGGUGUUCAUGAAAGGUCAGAGGAUGUUGGGAAUAUUGAUGGUUUGAAGGAAACUCAGUCAACAAGUGCAAAGGAUUUAAAGAUAAUCCAAUCAGGUCGCAGGGAUGCUGCAAGAUUAGCUAUGUCACAUCUUGUGAAUGAUUCAAGAGUAACUGCAACAGGUGUUGCAGUUGAUUCAAGGGUUAAUCAUCAGGAACAUCGAGAUAAUUCAAGGUUUGUCGAGUUAGAGUAUGAGGGCGGCUGCAAGACACUUUUGCAAGAAAGCAGGGAAGACAUGAGGGAAAUUCCUUCAGAAACCAUGGACGAGCUGAGAAUAAUUCAGCAUGAAGAACAGAACUUGAGUCCAGGCCAAAUAGAGGAAAAUUGCGCCUCAGACUUGGCACUGAGCCAAGACACAGGUGAUGGUGCUGAAGCAUUUUAUCGAAUGAAUCCUGACUUCACAAACGGAACAUCACGGUUCUUACCUUCAUAUUCAAUGGAAGAUGGCGAUGGCACAGAUGAAGAACAAGCAGCAUUUGUCAGAGAACUAGAAAACUUCUUUAAAGAAAGGAAUAUGGAGUUUAAGCCACCUAAAUUUUAUGGGGAAAAUCUGAACUGUCUCAAACUCUGGAGGGCAGUCACAAAGCUUGGAGGGUAUGAACAGGUGACAUCAUGCAAAUUAUGGCGUCAAGUGGGCGAGUCGUUCAAGCCUCCGAAAACUUGCACAACAGUUUCCUGGUCAUUUCGAGGUUUCUAUGAGAAGGCUCUUCUUGAGUAUGAAAGGUUCAAGUUUGGUAGUAGUAUUGGCGGUGGAGGUGGCAAUGGCAGCGGCAAUGGCAAUGGAGGAACUUCUAUGGAUAACAAUGCCCAAACGGAUGUUCUACUUACUGUAGGGGCUGAAAGCCAGCCUUGCGCUACACAAGCAUCAGGCUCAGGAAGAGCCAGAAGGGAUGCAGCAGCUCGUGCUAUGCAGGGGUGGCACUCACAGCGACUUUUGAGUAAUGGUGAGGUUGGUGAUCCUAUUGUUAAGGAUAAAAACUCAGUUUCUCUAACAAAACGAGAGAAGCAACUGAAGAGUAUUGGUAUGCUGAAAAGGAAGAAAACAUCAUCUUUAGAGCGAGCUGUAAAAGUUGCACGUACAAAAGGAGCAAAUCCUCAAAUGGAUGCAAUGGUUGUGGAUGUUGGACCUCAAGCAGAUUGGGUGAAGGUCAACGUGCACAAAACUAGAGAUUGCUUUGAGGUCUAUGCUCUAGUGCCUGGCUUGCUCCGUGAAGAGGUCCGGGUUCAGUGUGAUCCAGCAGGUCGCUUGGUUAUUUCUGGUGAUCCUGAGCAACCUGACAAUCCAUGGGGUGUGACCUCUUUCAAAAAGGUAAUUAGCUUGCCAUCAAGGAUUGAUUCCCAUCAAACGUCAGCAGUGGUUACUCUUCAUGGUCAGCUAUUUGUUCGUGUUCCUUUUGAACAAUCUGACUAGUAGUGUAUGAUGUACUAUCUCGGCUUCCUCUUAAGUUUUUUUAAGCUCGAAGGAAGAGGAUUACAAAAAUGGAGCAUUUGAUGAAUCAAACUUAUCAAAUGAAGCAAAUGGGGGUAAUUUCAAGCAAAGAAAAAUCAGGAAGAUUAGAAAAAAAUCACCUCCAUUCUGAGGAUUUUGCUAAUCUUUGGUUUAGAAUUUCAUAUGAAAUGUUGGGACUACUGUUUGAGUUUCGGUAGUCUUUAAUGAAACUAUUGAAUGCUAUAAUGAAGAGCAUGAGAUAGUUAAAUGCGGACUCCCCUGCAUUGCAUUGUAAAGCUUUGCCGCAGGUCAUUCCAGUGGCUCAACUACUAGCUGGCUUGUUUCACCUACUUCUUUAAUGUAAUGUACCAUAAUGUGCUGUAUAAACAGAGUAAUGUAAUGAUGUGCAAGACAGCAUUAAUGAAGGGAAUGAGCGCCUUACUUUGA